UUCAGCAGCGCUACCCUUGACCCUGUACACAACCAUGGCGCUGCUCUGCAGAUCCACAGGGUUACUUCUCAAACACAGCAAACUGCUGCCCUCUGCUUUAGCAGCGACAAAGCAAUACAGUUCAGGUGUCCAGUAUGAGUACAUUCUGGUGGACAAAAAGGGCGAAAAGAAGAAUGUUGGCUUCAUCCAGCUGAACAGACCCAAGGCCCUGAAUGCUCUUUGUGAUGGACUCAUGCUGGAGGUGGGCAAAGCGCUUGAUGCAUUUGAGAUGGACAGUGAAGUGGGAGCAAUCGUCGUCACCGGAAGCGAAAAAGCCUUUGCAGCUGGUGCUGACAUUAAAGAGAUGCAGAAUCGAACCUUCCAAGAGUGUUAUGGUGGAAAUUUCUUGGCACAUUGGAACAGGGUAUCGACGGUCAAAAAGCCUGUUAUUGCUGCCGUCAAUGGGUUUGCGCUUGGGGGAGGAUGUGAGUUUGCUAUGAUGUGUGACAUCAUUUAUGCUGGAGAGAAAGCACAGUUCGGACAGCCAGAAAUUCUGCUCGGGACCAUUCCUGGUGCUGGUGGCACUCAGAGGCUUACAAGAGCUGUUGGAAAAUCCCUUGCGAUGGAGAUGGUUCUCACUGGAGACCGAAUCUCAGCCCAGGAGGCUAAACAGUCUGGCCUGGUUAGUAAGGUAUUUCCUGUGGAUCAGCUGGUUCCAGAAGCGAUCAAAUGUGGAGAGAAAAUCGCUGGCAAUUCCAAACUCGUCUCAGCUAUGGCAAAGGAAUCUGUUAAUGCCGCGUUUGAACUGACUUUAGCUGAGGGUAGUCGGUUUGAAAAAAGAUUGUUCCAUGCAACCUUUGCUACGGAGGACAGAAAAGAGGGCAUGUCUGCCUUUGUUGAGAAGAGAAAGGCUGCUUUCCAGGACAAGUAAAAUUCCAGUGGAAAAAAAAAUGUGGUGACCUUUAAACCAUGAUUAGUUUGUGAUCAAAUACUGAAAUUAAAGUACUCUAAUUUGCCUUAACUCUCUCAUCAAGCAUUUAUAACAAAUCCAUGAAGAUUUAUAAAAUUAGGUUGUUGAACUGUAGUACAGUGACUUCACAUUUAGCUCAGAUGAUCUAUAUAUAGUCUUUUUUUAAUCAUUGUCUGGUAUUAUUGAUGAUCUGGUAUUAAAUCUUUGUUGUUGCACUGUAAA